AGAGGGCGGGCUAGGAAGAUGGCGGCGCCCAGGAGCCGGUGAGGUGAGAGGUGUCCUGGGGUCCUGGGGACGGCUGCACCAGUGCGUUAUGGCCGCGUCCCCGCACACUAUUUCCUCGCGCCUCCUCACAGGCUCAGUAGGAGGAUGUGUCUGGUAUUUGGAGAGAAGAGCUAUACAGGGAUUGCCACACAGGGUCACACAUCUGUUCAGGAAUGUCAGUAAUCAGUGGGUCACGCUCCAGCACUUGAGCUUCCUCAAGCGCAUGUAUGUCACACAGUUGCACAGGGGCCUUAGCCAGCGAGUCAAACCAAAGCCAGAGCCACCGGCAUCUCCUUUCCUUGAACACACAUCUUCAGGGCAAGCUAGAGCAGAAGUGGAUGAGCUGCCAUCUUUCCCAGCGCCCAGUCAGCCUCUGUCCCGGAAGCCAAAUGAGGAGUUGGUGGAGCUGGAGGCGACCUCUAUAGUGGACCAUUCCCUUGACACAGCCAAAGAGAAAAGGGAAGAAAAGCAGUGGAAAGAGAUGAAGCUUCACACUGACGAUCUGCCUGGCAUUUUGGCCCGGCUGUCCAAGAUCAAACUCACAGCUCUCGUGGUAAGCACCACUUCAGCAGGCUUUGCACUGGCUCCAGGCCCUUUCGACUGGUCCUGUUUCCUGCUUACAUCCCUUGGAACCGGCCUUGCAUCCUGUGCAGCCAACUCCAUCAAUCAGUUUUUCGAGGUGCCGUUCGACUCAAACAUGAAUAGGACAAAGAACAGGCCUCUGGUUCGCGGACAGAUAAGCCCAUUGCUAGCUGUGUCUUUUGCCACCUGCUGUGCUGUGCCAGGAGUGGCCCUUCUGACCUGGGGAGUGAAUCCACUCACAGGGGCCUUGGGGGUCUUCAACAUUUUCCUGUAUACCUGUUGUUACACACCACUGAAGAGGAUCAGCAUCAUCAAUACCUGGGUUGGAGCUGUGGUUGGAGCCAUCCCUCCUGUCAUGGGCUGGACGGCUGCCACCGGAAGCCUUGAUGCUGGAGCUCUUCUUCUGGGAGGGAUCCUGUACUCCUGGCAGUUCCCCCACUUCAAUGCCCUGAGCUGGGGCCUCCGUGAAGACUACUCCCGAGGAGGCUACUGCAUGAUGUCCGUCACCCACCCAGCCCUCUGCCGGCGGGUGGCACUGCGCCACUGCCUGGCCCUGAUUGCUCUGUCGACUGCUGCCCCCGUCCUGGACAUCACCACCUGGGUCUUCCCUGUCAUCUCCCUCCCCAUCAACCUGUACAUUUCCUACCUCGGCUUCCGCUUCUACGUGGACGCAGACCGCAGGAGCUCAAGGAAACUGUUCUUCUGCAGCCUGUGGCACCUGCCGUUGCUCCUGCUGAUCAUGCUCACCUGCAAGCAGCGGCCCGGGCAGGGGGGGGACAAGGGAGAGCCUCCCAGCUGAUAGCCAGCCGGCCUGCAGACAGACGCACGUACAGACAGACAGCCCUGCCCUGGGCCAGCAGGAAGCGAAUUUUGCUGAUUCUGGCAAAGAGAGUUGGAUGGUGUCAGCUGGUGGCAGAUCAUCUGGUGCUGUGUCGUCACUUACCAGUCCUUUUAAUAUUAAUAUCCAAACUGCUUCCCAAACAAGAAAGGGACUAGCAUACGGGGUCAGUACAAAAAAAAAAAAA